AUGGCCAUUCGAACCUUCCUCCGCAACCUCCUCGCCAAGCUUUCCCACCUCAAACAGAGGUCGUUCUCUCACUCCGCCGCCUGCCGACGUCAAUCAUCGGGAGGCCUCGAAACACGCCUCCGAGAUGCAGCCAACCGUGACGGCCUGUAUGCUCAGGAACGAUGGAUCCAAGAGCACAAGGCCGAGAUGCAGGCCGGUGGAGUGAUUGAGCAAGAAGGAAAGCUCAUCGCCUCCCGGUUGCGGUCCUUCCAAGACCUCUUCGAUGAGCCGGGGCCCUCAAACCCAUGGUUCAUGGGGGACAUCAUCGAGUGUGAGGCAGAGCUCGAGCGAGUCAAUCAAAAUUUGACCGCUCACCAGGCUCGAGUGAUCGAGCUCGAGGCGUACCGACCUCCCGGGAAGAUGGCCCGGCAAUACUUCGACCUGCAUGGGCAGUGUCUGAAGUCGGAGUGA